UCGUUGCGCAUCGUCGGGUUGCGUCGCCCGCUGCUUUACCAUUUUGUUUGUGAUUGAGAACUAAGUUCAACAAAGUUUUAAAGUACGUUAAAAGUUAUAAAAAGACUUCUAAAGUGUAUCCGAAAUAAAAUACCGUUAGCAAAUCUGUUAAAAUUCAUGUUUUAAGUGAAAAUAACUACUAUGUGAAUACAAUGAAGUCAUACAGGUGUAGUGCAUGAAGAAGUGAAUGUUGUGGCCACUUGGAUCAUAGCAACCAGUUAGUGAUGUUUUUGAACCAUAGUAUGUAUGAGGACCUAUACAUAGAAGGCAUAAAUAAUAUAUUGUGAAAGAAAAUGCGGUUGUUACAGAGGGUAACAGAAGUUCUAAGUAAAUAAUCAGUGUCAUGGAAGAGAUGGAAAGGUGGAACACAAUGAGGACCGUUUGCGGAAUACUUUUGCUGUGUGCGCUCCGAGGCGCCGCAGCCGCAGACAGUACAGUUCAAAUGCAACCACCACGGUUUAGUAUGCAGCCGUCUUCAUCGAAUAGCAUCGUCAGAGAAGGGACCACCAAGAUACUACAGUGUGCGGCUACAGGAAUUCCGCAACCGAUGUACCGAUGGCUGAAGAACGGGGUUCCCCUGGGCGACUACUCGUCGGAGCUGUUCUACAAGAUCCACAACACGCAGCGGCAGGACGCCGGCGCCUACCAGUGCAUCGCUAAGAACGACGUGGGCGCCGUCUACAGCGAGAAGAAUCAAAUUGUAGUGGCCUAUAUGGGCGUAUUUGAGGACGCCGGCGACACGGUGGUGACCGCGGACUCGGGCGGCGCGGCCAUCCUGGACCUGCCCUACAUAGAGUCCGAGCCGCCGCCCUCCGUCAUCUGGCAGGACGAGAACGGACCGCUGCGCUACGACCACAAGUACGCAGUCACGGACAAGCAUCAGCUUGUGAUAUUGUCCGCUUCAAGAGACGACGAAAGGGCCUACAGGGUACGAGCAAUAAACACGCAACUAGGAAAAGUAGAAAACAGCCCAUACAUAAAACUUAACGUUUUCGGAGAUGAUAAUAAAGAAAUACCGCCAGAAAUAAUAAUUAAGCCUGAAAACACGAAAAUAGUGAAAGGGCAAGAGAAUACGAACUUGUACUGUAUCGCGAACGCACGGCCUCUGCACGAGCUGGAGACGCUGUGGUUCAAGGACGGGCUGCUGAUCGACCUGGCGGGCGUCACGUAUGACCUCAACGACCCCUGGAACCGCACGCUGGGGCUCAUCUCCGCCAACCUCUCGCACAGCGGCCAGUACUCGUGCCAGGCGCGGCUGCGCACCGGCGGCUUCGCGACCGUCUCCGCCUCCGCCACCGUCACCGUGUACGAGAAGCCUGUCUUCCAGACCAGCCUCAAGGCCGAGACGUUCGGGGAGUUCGGCACGUCUAUAAAGCUGGAAUGCGACGUGCAGGGCAUCCCGCUGCCCAGCAUCACGUGGUACAAGGAUGGCAGGAAGAUCGCGAGCGUGGGCGCGGGCGCGGGCGACCCCGCCGGCGACGUGGACGACGGCGGCGGCCGCUACCGCGUCGAGGUCGACCGCUCGCUCGCCAUCACCGACCUCAAAGUGCAAGACAUGGGUAUAUUUCAGUGCAUAGCUAGCAAUGAGGCUGGCGAUUCUUCUAUGCAUACCUGGCUCAAGAUCAAAACUCAGGAAACUAGGCGAGUUCCUCGCAGUCAUAUGAAGUUAAUAAGAAUGAGGACCGCAGAUAAAAAGGCUAAAACGUUCCGAUUCGAUACUGGCACGUCGUCGCCGGUGAUGCAGGCGGCGCCGGCGAACCUGACGGUGCUGGACGGGAAGGACGCCACGGUCUCCUGCCGGGCCAUCGGCGCGCCCACGCCUAAUAUCACCUGGUAUUUCAACGACUCCCUCAUAAUAAACUUCUCCGGUCGCCUGCAAGCGCUGGACGAGGGCGACCUGCUGGUGACCAGCGCCACGGCCGCCGACUCCGGCAAGUACUCGUGUGUUCGCGCCAACGACGCGGGCCGGGUCAGCGGGGAGGCCUACCUUACUGUUCUAGUGAGGACUCAAAUUGUGGCUCCUCCGGUGGACACGAAGGUACUGCUCGGUCACACCGCGACCAUGCAGUGUAAAGUAUCCAGCGACCCCAAUGUCAAAUACAACAUCGACUGGUUCCAUAACAAACAGCCAAUGACGGUGGGUUCCCGCGUGUGGGUGGGCGCGGACGGCUCGCUGCAAGUACAAGCCGUACGAGCCAGCGACGCCGGAGAAUACACAUGCAUCGUGACGUCAGCGGGCGGCAACCACACUCGCCGCGCGCUCCUCUCCGUCAUAGAGCUACCCUUCGCGCCCACCAACGUGCGGGCAUCGAGGAUAGAGAAUGUGUCCCAGAGAGCGGUCAACGUGUCCUGGACGCCGGGCUUUGACGGCAACUCGCCGAUACAGAAGUUUAUUGUGCAGCGGCGUGUUGUGCCUGAGUUUGGUCCUACCCCAGACCCGCUGCUCAACUGGGUGACAGAGCCGAUGAACGUAUCGGCGACGCAGCGCUGGGUGCUGCUCACGAGCCUGAAGGCGGCCACGUCCUACCAGUUCCGAGUGUCAGCUGUCAACACCGUGGGCGAGGGGCCCGCCUCCGACCCCACCGAUGUACUCACGCUGCCGCAAGAAGCGCCCUCUGGCCCUCCCGUGGGCUUCAUGGGCUCGGCGCGAUCCUCGUCCGAGAUCAUCACCCAAUGGCAGCCGCCGCUAGAAGAACACAGGAAUGGACACAUCCUCGGAUACGUCAUCAGAUACCGCCUAAAGGGCUACGACAACAGCCCCUGGACCAAUCAGAACAUCACCAACGAAGCGCAGCGGAACUACCUCAUACAAGACCUGAUCACGUGGAAGGAUUACAACGUUCAGAUCGCGUCGUACAAUGAUAAAGGAGUAGGGGUGUUUACAGACAGUUACACGAUAAAGACGAAGGAGGGAGUACCUGAAGCUGCGCCUGAUGAAGUCAAGUGCGAACCGUUCAACUCUACCGCUAUCAGCGUGGCGUGGAUACCGCCUAAUCCGCAGAAUAUUAAUGGUAUCAAUCAGGGCUACAAAAUACAAGCAUGGCGUUGGGAUGAAACCGAGAACGCUAACGUUGAACAAAAACUGAUGAGUGUUCCUCCGAACCUCCUGGAUCCUCUGACGGAGCAGUCGGCCGUUAUCGGCGGGUUGGAGAAGUUCACGGAGUACAAUAUAUCAGUCCUGUGCUUCACCGAGCCGGGCGACGGGCCGCGCAGCGAGUUCGUGCUUGUUAGGACUAAGGAAGAUUUACCCGAUGAAGUAUCAAAUCUAUUGUUUGACGAUAUUUCUGAUCGCGCCGUCAGAGUAUCCUGGUCGCCUCCUAAGAAGUCGAACGGUAUAUUGAUUGGAUACAAACUUUCAUACCAAGUGAAAGAGAAGGAUGAUACGUUCAAGGAAGAAAUUCUACCUCCCAAUGUUACAAGCAUCAGAGUGGAGCAUUUACAGGCGACAACCCACUACACAUUCUGGCUGCGCGCACUGACUGCGGUCGGCGAAGGGGCUCCCAGGAAGGCGGUGAUCCAGUCGGGAGUCGAACCAGUGCUGCCCGACCCGCCGCGCAACCUCGCUCUGUCCAACAUCGCCGCCUUCUCCGUGCUGCUGCAGUUCACGCCCGGGUUUGAUGGAAACUCUUCGAUAUCGCUGUGGACUGUGCAGGCCCAAACCGCGCGCAAUACAUCUUGGAUGACGAUCUACGAGGUCAACGCUCCCGACGCCCAGUCCAUCCUGGUCACUGGCCUGGUUCCCUUCACCACGUACCAGCUGCGUCUCAUAGCGAGCAACGUGGCGGGGUCGUCGCAGCCGUCCGAGCCCUGCCCCGAGUUCCAGACCAUACAGGCGCCGCCGCAGCACCCGCCGAGAAACGUCACUGUUAGGGCUGUCAGCGCGAAUAACUUGAGGGUUCGGUGGAUUCCGCUCCAACAAUCGGAAUGGUACGGCAACCCUAAAGGCUACAACAUCACGUACUCGCGCUGCGGCGGCAACGAGACGCUAUUCAGCAUCAUCGAGGACCACACGGCGAACUCACACGUGCUGACCAACCUCGAGGAGUGGUCGUUGUAUGAGAUACACAUGACGGCGAUCAACGAGGUCGGCGCGUCCGCCACCAGCCCCACGGCUAAUGAACGGACCAGGGAGUCGGUGCCGUCGCGCGGACCAUCCGACGUGUCGGCCAACGCGACGUCGUCCACGACGGUGGUGGUGCUGUGGGGCGACAUCCCCGCGCAGGACCAGAACGGCCUCAUCGAGGGCUACAAGGUGUGCUACGCGGCCGUCAAGCCGCCGCCAAGGCAGGACCAUCAGAAGGUGGAAUGUCAAGCCAUACCUUCAAACCAGACGCACACGAUCACUCUGACGGAACUUCGAAAGUACGUAGUGUAUCAGAUACAAGUGCUGGCCUACACAAGGCUAGGGGAUGGAGCGCUCAGCGACCCGCCUAUUCAAGUGCGGACUUUUGAAGACACGCCCGGGCCUCCGUCCAACGUGUCGUUCCCAGACGUGACGUUCACGACGGCGCGCAUCAUCUGGGACAUGCCCGAGGACCCCAACGGAGAGAUCCUCGCCUACAAAGUCACGUACCAUCUCAACGGAACCGCUCAACACCAGUACUCCAAGGAUUUCCAGUCUUCUGAUAGGACUUUUAGAGCUCUGGAGCUGCUCUCAGAGCGCUACUACGUGUUCACAGUCCGCGCACAGACACAGCUCGGCUGGGGCGGCACUGCUCGAGCUUUAGUCCUCACUACGGGCAACCGCGCGCUGCCCGCGCCGCCUCAACAUGCGCUAGUACAGAGGUCGCUAUUGCAGCCGCAUCAUAUCACGUUCUCGUGGACGCCCGGCGAUGAUGGAUAUGCGCCGCUGAGAUACUACACAGUACAACAGAAGGAAGAAGGCGGCACGUGGCAAACGAUCCCCGAGCGUGUGGACCCCUUCGCCACCUCCUUCACUGUGGAGGGGCUGAAGCCGUACACCGGCUACCAGUUCCGCAUCCGAGCCACCAACGACAUCGGGCCCAGUCGGUAUAGUAAUUCGACUGAAAGCGUACGGACUUUGCCGGCCGCGCCAAGCAAAGCGGUAGAAAAUCUCCACGUAGUCCCGAUAACGCCGAGCAGCGUGCGCGUGCAGUGGUCGCCGCUGUCGGAGCAGCACUGGAGCGGCGACACGGCCACCGGCGGCUACCGAGUGUUCUACCAGCCGCUGACGGACUUCCCCACGCCGCUGCAGCAGACCAUGAAGCAGGAGGUGCCCGGGAUUAAGACAGAAGAAGUGGUCCUAACCGACCUAGCCCUAGACCGCAACUACGAGAUCAGCGUCUACGCGGUCAACUCGCAAGGCUCGGGCCCGUCGGGCACGCCGGCCGUGGUGUGGGUGGGCGAGGCCGUGCCCACCGCGCCCCCGCAGCACGUGGAGGCCGAGUCGAGGUCGCCUACUGAGGUGGCCUUGUCGUGGCGGCCGCCGCUGCAGGCGCAGCAGAAUGGGGAUCUGCUGGGGUAUAAGAUAUUCUACCUAAUGACCGAGUCGCCCGAGGAGCCGGAGGAGGCGGGGCGGCGCGCGGAGGAAGAAACAGAAGUAGUGCCGGCCACCGCCACCGCGCACUCGCUCGUGUUCCUCGACAAGUACACGCAGUACCGGAUACAGGUGCUAGCAUUCAACCCAGCGGGCGACGGUCCACGCUCAUCCGCUGUGCUAGUCCGCACGCACCAAGGUCUCCCCAGUGCGCCGCGCAACAUCACCUUCACGGACAUCACCAUGAACAGCCUGGUCGUGGCGUGGGAGCCCCCGCAGCGCCGCAACGGACACGUGCACUCGUAUUUGGUGACCUAUGAGACGGUUGAGCAGGAUGAGAAAUUCAGUAAGCAAGUGAAGCAGAAAGUAAGCGAGCGUCGCCUGCAAGUGGGCGGAUUGGAAGAGGGGUCUAAAUACGUGUUUGCGGUGCGCGCGCUCACGAUAGGCCCCGGCCCGCCCAGCGAGGCGAGAGUCAUCACCGGCCCUCAGGCCGGGUCACCUUCAGAGCCGCGCGGGCUACAGCUGGAGCGCGCGCCCGCCGCCUUUCACCUGCGCUGGGAGAACAGCGCCUCGGGGAAGGGACCGCUGCUCGGAUACUACAUCGAGGCCAGGAAGAAAGACGAACCCAGAUGGGAGCCGAUAACGAAGACAACGAACGGCAUUCUAGAAGAAUUCACUAUUUCGUACCAGAGUCUGCUGCCCUCUACCAGUUACUUGAUCCGGCUGAUUGCCUACAACAUGUAUGGCAUCAGCACCCCGGCGUAUGCCAAGGAGGAGGUGGUGACGCCUUCCAAGUUGUACCUCGAGUAUGGGUACCUGCAGUACCACCCGUUCUACCGCAGCCCAUGGUUCAUGGUGGCCCUCGCUGCAGCCUCCGUCAUCAUCAUUAUCAUGGUCAUCGCCAUACUUUGUGUCAAGAGCAAGAGUUAUAAGUAUAAAAAAGAGGCGCAGAAGACACUAGAAGAAUCUCUAGCCGGAGAGACGGAGGAGCGCGGCUCGCUGGCGAUGGACCUGUACCGGUCGCGCGUGAACUCGGCGUGCUCGGCGUCGGGGCUGGGCGGCGGCGGGGGCACGCUGCGGCGCGGGGGGAAGCCGCCCGCCGCCGGCAAGUGCCCCCCGCGCCCCGCGCCCGCCUCCGUCGCCUACCACAGCGACGAGGAGAGCCUACGAGCCUACGAGGACCAACAAGACGACUCCUCGCUCACCGAGAAACCCUCAGAAAUGAGCUCCUCCGACUCACAGAACUCGGAGAGCGAUAACGAGAGCGCGCGCUCGGAGCCGCACUCGUUCGUGAAUCACUACGCCAACGUGAACGACACGCUGCGGCAGUCGUGGAAGCGCCAGCGGCCGGUGAGGAACUACUCCAGCUACACCGACUCGGAGCCCGAGGGCAGCGCGGUGGUCAGCCUCAACGGCGGCCAGAUCGUCAUGAACAACAUGGCGCGCUCGCGGGCGCCGCUGCCCGGCUUCUCCUCCUUCGUAUGACAGCAGCAAUCGGCGCUGUCGCCCGCCACGCUGCAGCCACUCACCACGGCACACUGACGUGUCAACUAUGCCCGUUUCCAGUAUCCAACUUAUCACCACUCGAUUCUGGUGUAAAUACGUUGGAUAUUAAACGGUCGCUCCCCACACCCAACACUGCCAUCGAGUUAGCAACAUUUUUAUAUGUAAUGUACCUACUUAAUUUAAUUUAUUGUUCCCAUAUUCCAGUUAAUUUUAGAAUGAUUUUUAUAAUAAACUUUCGUAUUAUAGGCUAAGGACACCUAUUUUUAGAAUUUAAACGAUACUGUACUUAAUAACGGCAGCACAUUUGUAUAAUAUGAAAUUCAAGGCAGUAAUUGUUAAGUAAUACUAUUUAACUUUUUAGGGUAAUUCAAUUGCUGUAGCCAAUCCACUGUAGCUGAAAGCUACGUAUAGCUUUAACUUUUUACGUCACAAUCCUCACAAAAUAUGAGAAGUGACUGUGUUCAAAUUAAACUGUUGUCAUAAUAACUACAAUACGACUUGUAUUUUAACCACUGCUGACGCAUUUAGUUUAGAUUUAAGGUUAUUUUAUAGUAUAAAAAUAUGAGAUCUCGAUCGAUUUACAUUCAUCCAAAUGCAAUUCCCUAAAUUGUGUCAUAUAAGUAGUUUUAAAAGAACAUUUAACCUCGAUUUAUUCUAAUCUGGUGCUUUCGUUUCCUAUGUACGCCACAAUAUUUGUUUUACAGGCCGCCGUCGAUUUUUUCCGUAGGUACUUACCUAUGUCAAUUUACGACCAUAAGUUUUGCGUUAACAUUUUCCGUUCUUAAAGAAAUAUAUGAUAGCCUACGUUGUAUAUUAGAAACCAGCUCUAUCGUAUGUUUACCGUUAUGAAACUAUAUAAAGUUAUCUUCAUGAAAUGGCAAUUUACAGUUUACUGGUAGGUGUUGUUGAAUGAAAUGAUAGUAUAUUGAAACAAGUAUUGUUUGUUAAACUUGUUUAACAUAUCCAGUUCAAUAUUAUGUUGUAGUCAUAAUAUAAUUUUAAGUUAGGCAGCUUUAUUCCUUGUAUAUAAUAUAGAAAAUUGACUGAUAGUUUUAUACAAUUUAUAUUUUUAAUUGUAAAUAAAUUACCUUAAUCAUGAUUGAACAAAUACAUUUGGCACAACUCUUUUUUAAAACUGUGAUCUAUCAUAACUUCUACUAUAUUUAGUAUAUCUAUCAAGGGUAUUUUCGUCAUAAUAGAUGUUAACUUCAAUACUUUACUAAUAAGAAAUAGGUUUAUAUAUUUGUAAUAAGAUGCACUAUACAGUAAUUCAAGUAUUUUUUUCAUGAAUAUAUAGUUAAGCAAUAUUCAAGCUGACUUGAUUUUGAUAAAUACUGAUUUAAAAGUCUACAUUUUAACUUUUAGUAGGUGCCAUUGAAGUCUCUGGAAGAUUUAAGACUUCAUUUUGAUAAUAUUAGUUGAAAUAAAGGACAAAUGGUAGUAACAAU